AUGUCAGUGCUGUACCUGGUCUGCGAUCUCGACAAUACGGUCUUCACCUUCACUGCAACUAUGCGGACAACAUGGGAGUUCUCUAGACUGUCGUCGUUUCAUCAAGAGAACGGGAAGGACAAAUUCGUGAUUCAUCAGGCAACUGACGCCACCAAUGGAACCCGCUGGGUCCUGGAGAACCAGUCGAAGGGGGCCGGGAACAUCUUCGGCACUCCGAAGUACGCCGGCAACGGCCCUCCGUUUCAAGGCGGUCCCUCGCCCCCACGGGGCAUGUGGAAUGUUUGGGACUGUCCUUUCCACCUGACGGACGUGAUGCCCCGAUAUGAUGCAAUCCAGUCGCCCUUCACAUUGAAGGUCCCCUUCGUUGAGAUGGCCUACCGGGAGGAGGGAGCAGUGGCCUACCUAGAGCUGGUGAUCUGCGAGACUGCUAUGGAUGACGAGUCCCUC